UUGCGUCAAGGAAAGACGAUUAGCACAAUCCAUCGCGAUAGCGCGGCCAGUGCCUCUAGUCACAGUGAAAACGUGAUCGACUGCGGAGCUGGUAACGAUCUCGGUUUCUGUGCCACUUCGGACAAAUACCCAAGGAGUGUUGUUGACGACACGAUGCAUAGAUGCCACGACCAAGUGAACCUCAUGUAUGCUGAAGUUCCCGAAGAUUACGAGGCUUUAGGAGACAGCCAUCAACCUGCUGGCGUAGGUCCUGGACAAGAAGGAAACAGCACCGGCAAAAAUCUAUUGCCUUGGUCAUGGUCAGCAUACCGGAAGGAAUCUGCUUGUGAAUCAGAACUUCGUUUCAUCCAGCCGCAUGUGGCACAGGAUCGUCUGGGUCGUUGGCGGAUUAUCAUCCAAACACCGGAAUUCCCUCAGCGGGUGGCCAUUGAUGUCUGUCGCAGGGUCGAUGAUGUUUGCAAAGUUUUCACCGACUGUGGCCGCAAAUCUCGCUGCGUCCAGCGCUACAGCUACCAGCCCCUCAUCUCGUUGGACCAGGACAAAAGACAAGCAGGCCAGUGUCCUUCAAUGGCCAUCUUUCGCUUCCCAACUAGCUGUGUUUGUCACGUUGAAGUUGACAAAAGAUCGCAAACACCGAGCAAAUCAAACCGCCGUAAUUCGGUUGCUAAUCGCCGACCUUAGCUUUUUUUGUUUUGAUUUUUUUUUUCAGCGGCGCAAUUCUUUAUUCAAAUUCUUCUUUGUUUUACAUUUUAAAUGCCUUUUUUUCCCCCAAAAGAUUCUGUCUUUGACUGUGAUAGCCGUCCAGCUUCUAUGAUAUAAAUAAUAAAAUCAACAUUUAUUUGUCUUCACCAUACUAACAAAAUACAUCGACUCUUUCUCACAUUGCUGAUAUUUGAAAAGGAUAUUCGAAUUUUUUGUGCACAGUUAUAUCAUUGAUUAUUCAUUAUUUUGGUAUCGUGUUAUUUCCUGCGUAGAUGUAUCGCAUACUGAAUCUAUUUCCAAUCGCCCCAAGUCAUUUGUUCGAUUUUAUAUACAUCACAUCGCAUGGAAAUUUUUUCGACACUGAAACAUUGUCAACGUCAAAAUAAUAUUUUAAAAAUAUAUAUGCAAAAAAGGGGGGGAGGGAGAGAAAGAAAAGAUUUUUGAUUGAAUUGGAUUUCGAUUUCGCACCAAUUGCUUUUUACCUCUCGGCUAUUCAGUUUUUUUGUUUUUUUUUUUUUUUUCGCAAAUUCAGAGAGCGAUGUCGCUCCCAAGAUUUGAAUCUAUCAUUUUGGAAUUGAUAUUACGCAACAAAAAGGAUUGCAUUUUUUUUUCUUUUGUGCUCUCUACUUAACAUGUUAGACAGCAAAAAAUUUGAAUAAUUAUUAUACGCUGUACAUAUAUCCUCGUGACACUAACACUCACCCCAAAAAUAACAUUCAACAUCUAUAUGAUGAACCGAUUUGCAUCUAUUUUAUCCGUUCGAUUUAAAAUAUACACCUCAUUAUUUUCCAAUC